CAUGAUUACAUGUGAUGAGUCACUACACUAUCCCUGGAAGAGAAAACUGCACUAAGAAUAGAGCAGCAAGCAGCCUGCACAGCUGAACUAAUGGAUCCUUAUAACAGCAGAAAACAGCUGAACUCCAGCAUGAACUCUGACCAGACAGCAGCAGAUGUGUCCGGAAACGACCAAACAUCUGGAAAUGUGGACAAAACUACAGCUGACAGCAGAAACACACAACCAGCAACCAGGCAACCGCAAUAUGCAGGAGGAUACACCGUCAUCCAACCAAAUGAAGCUCGACGAAGCCAGAUAAAAACAAUGGCUCAAAAAGAGGAGGAGGCGUUUCAGAGAUGGAAAGAAGCAAACAGACCUCCUCCUGUGCAUCUGAAUCCAGAGAGACUCGGAGGUCAUGUGAGUGAAUCUGAAGCUAGACAGAAGCAGCUGGUGAAUCUUCGCUGCUCCAAACUGCAGAAAAAGCUGAAAAAGGAAGAGUUGGACAGAAAGAAGAGACAAGAAGAAGAGGAGAAGCUGCAGAAGAUGAAGGACGAGCAGAGAGAGAAGGCCGAGCGUCUGGAGCAGCGACGGCAGCAGGAGGAGCAGCGGAGGAAGGAUCAUCUCCGGACGGAUUACCUCAGGUCGCAGGAGGCUUUUCUUCAGAGGUUUGAGCGGCGAGAUGUGGCAGCGUCCAGCAGCGCCGCACAUACGUCAUCCAGGGGCGAGGACGUGGAGAGCAAACAGAGAGCGAAGGAGUCGAAAAGAAAUGAGAGAGAAAUGCAGCUGGAACACCAGAGGGUGAACUCGGACUUUCUGGACAAACUCGAAGGUCGAGCCAGAGGGAGCGAGACGAAAAAAGAAGCAGAGCGUCCAUAUGUGGCCACGGAGGACUUUAAACCAGAGACAACAACUGGUCACGUCCAGCUUCCUCACCUGAAACCAGAACCGAGCUGGACUGAAGAAGCUGAGCCUGAGCCUGACUUUGACUGGGCUUUGAUAAAACUGACGAACAGGUUUCCAGACUGCAGCAAAGACUUCCUCGAAGACAUCCUCCAACAGUGCAACGGCAACUACGAGGAGGCCUUAACGCUUCUCAUCUGCUCACUCAGUUGAAUUCUAUGCAGCUUCAAUGUAGGAACACUUCCCUUGAUGUUGUGUUUGAUACUUUACGAGAUGAUUCAAAUGAAAACAUACAGUUAGAUCUGGAAAUAUUUGAAGGGUGACACAUUUUGCAUUUUUGUGGCUCUGAGCACCACCACAAUAGACGCAAGGGCAGACUUUAAUGGAAUGGGUUGAACAAAGUAUCGCUCACAUGAAACAUUUAGGACAGUUUUCACCAGAAUCUCCUAUUUUCAGGGGCUUAAAUGGAUCUGGGUAAUAAAUAAAAUGCUCAUUCUUAAUAGUUUGUUGAAAAUCCUUUGCAGGCAAUGACUGUCUGAAGUCUGGAACGUGACCAAAGAUUGGGUUUCCCCUUUGUGAAGCUUUGCCAAUACUUUACUGUGGCUGUUUUCAGUUGCCUUUAGUUUCGUCUUAAAGAAACAAAAUGCAUGUAUGUAUGGAGUUGGGAUCAGCUAAUUAACUCACUCACUGCAGAAGUAUUCCACUUCUUUACCCUCAAAAACUCCUGGGUUGGUCUCGCAGUAUGUUUCUCGGUCAUCUGUACUAUAAAGUCUCGCCUUUCCAUUUUUUCUUGACUAACCGCCAUCCAAACAUUAGCCACAGCGAGGCGACUUCACUAGUCCGAGGUUAAAGCUAAAAUAUCCAAAAAUAUGUCAAACCUUCAGUCUUGGCAGUGCAGCUGUGGGCACAGUUCUGCAUGUCAUAAUGCCACAACAUCCUCAAUUCAUGACAAACUGGCCUGGAUUUUACCACCACAAUGAUGAUGUGUUUCUGUUCUGACAUACAUAUAGGGAUGUACUGAAUCUGGGCAGACACUAUACACUAUAUACUUUUACACUUCGCGAUUCAUCUUGCUAAUUCUGUCUUCUGUCAUCCAUUAACACUCACGAUCCUUUGCCACUAGAAGCCAAGCAUGUCCAUCAAAUCACACUGCCUACGCUGUGUUUUCCCGCCAAAUUGUUUGUCUUCCCGCCAUUCUGGUGCAAGUUGCUCUUAGGUUCACCUGUCCAAAGAAUCUUGUUCUAGAACUGGUCUGGCCUUGUGAGAUGUUUUUAGGUAAAGUCUAGUCUGUUUUGGUUUCUAUUUAAGGCUUUUAAUUGGUUUGUGCCUUGAAGUGAAUCCUCUGUGUUUGCUCUCAUCAAGUUUUCUCCGUGAUAGGUUUGGAUAAAAAUAUGUUUUCCUGGAGAACUUUUUUCCAAUGUUUGCUUGGUUUGAUGUUUGAAUAAGUUAGGUUAUUCUCCGUUAAUAAUAAUAAUAAUACUGUAGGGUUCUAAUGUUAUCCUAGUCAGAUAAAGUUGUACUUUAUGUCAUCUUUGGUAGAGUUUUAAACCGUAAUAUUGAUAAUAAUCAGGUAGAUUCACACCAUAAACCACACUGGAGGGUCUUAAUCUCAAUAUCUGAUCUUGUUGGGUUAAUUCAUGAAGCCAGUUUUAUGUGUAAUGUUCCUCCUAGUGAGCUUUAAUUCCUCUAGUUGGGGUGCGAAAACCUACAAAUUAAAGUUGAGCAUCUGCACUUUAAGCCCAUAUUUGUUAUACAUCAGUAACUACAAACAUAUUUUUACAAACAGCUAAAAUGGCAAGCAUUGUGUCAAUGUCCAAAUAUGUAAGGACCCAACUAUACAAUGGAGGUGGAUGAGUGUAAAUGUUUAAUAACUGACACAUUCCUGUACAAUAUUUAUGCCUUGAGAUUGUGCUAUGAAAAUGUGAAAAUUAGGAAUGUUAAUGAUAAGUUGAUUAAUUGCUGUUAAUAAUAUAACCGAUGUAUAAAAUAUUAACAUAUUAGGCACAAGAAAGACCCAAAGAGUUGGACACUAAGACACUAAGCAGAGAGCAUUGUGGGUGUUUAGCUAGUAAAGGGGCACCAUGAUGCAGACUUCUUUGGUAGUUAAUACCUUCGGACUAGCGCUAAUGUGUCAACACGACUAAAGAAGUCUUCCUAUAAUUGAGUAACUCGUGCAACAAGGUCAAAUUUUGCAGGAUAUGUCACAUUUUUGUGGUAAAAAAAGGCUUAAUGGAUGGAAUGUGCAUAAUGUACAUCAUUUGUUUUAAUGACAAAUUGAUUAUUAAUUAAUAAUGCUGUAAAUACCCUCAAAUUAAGGCGGAGCAUCUGCAGCAUAUUAAAGCCCAUACUUGUUAUAUAUAUAUAUAAUGUAUGUAGCUGUGAAUAUAUUCUAUUAGAAGUUAAAAUAACAAAGAUUGUGUCAUUGUUCAAAUAUACGUGGACUUGACUGUAUAAGUAGAUGAAAAAGCUGGAAGAAGUCAGUUCUACGUUGUUGGUGGUCGAGUGUAAACAACAGCAAUGCCAACAGAUACCUACAGAGUAGAAGGGGCUUUGUGUGAUCUGUUUUCGAUUACGCUAUUAAUCAUCGACUGUUUGGUGUCUUGUAUCUGUCUGCAUGCACUGGUGAGUCAUGGCGGGUUUCUGGCCUGACACGGAGCUGAAUUGAUGUUCGUUUUCACCAGUUUGGUUGAAGGUCAUCGCCGUGACUCAUAAUCUUUAGAUCAUAUUUGGUUCUCUUAAUUAAAACAGUGUGUGCAGAUGGGGGAAAAAAGAGAAAAGCUCUUUCCAAAUACACAACGCUUUUUGUUUGUUUUACAAUCAAAGUCGUGUGUGAUGUAUCUACAACAGGAUGACAAAAGAUGUAAAUCCACUCAGGACUCUCUUCAGGAAGGAAUCUGGUGGUUGGUUUCAGUGCAAAGUCAUGAUGACUAAAGAGGGUAACAACAAGAAAAGCCUUCUUGUUGUCUUCAUUCACCACAGAUUAGGUACAGUAGCUACGUCAGUCUGGGUUUCAGGUGUUCAGUGGGCUCAUACCCAAAGAACAACGAACAAAUAGCCCAACACGAACAUCUGAAAAUCCCUUUCUACUCUGGCGUCAAGUGAAGUAUUUUAAGAUUUCCUUUCUUCCUUCUAGAGAUCAAAUCAACACGUUGUCCUCUUGUGACAAUAACGCUAGAACGAUAUUUUUACUAUUUUAAUUUCCUGGAAAUGUCUUUACUGAGUGCCAGGAAAACAAAUUCCUUUCUUUAAACCAAAGUAAACAGUAAUUCAAUUCAGACUUGUGAUCUGACCUAAAGACUCUCAAGGUUACUGAUGUGAAAGAUUCUUCCAAGUAAACCUAUUGGGAAAAGAUUAGAAAAAUACCAAUACACAUAAUUACCAAGGUCUUUACUUCCUCAAUGGCCUAAAAUGAAACUAAUAAUGAAGUAUGAGUCAUGUAAAUUUCAAACAACAGCCAAUGUGCCAAAGCACUGUCCAGUAUAAAAGAACCUAAUUGGUGUUAUGAAUAAACCUAAAAAGUUUUGUUUUUUAUGGUGUAAUUGUAAACAUGAACAGGUUAACAGAAUAUUGGGACAUUUUGGAACAAAUAUUGGAUUUUGUUGAGCAUUGUGUGGAACAAAACUUGCUGGCGACUAUUUUAUUUAGCGUAGGAAAAGCCUGGAAAUGAAGGGGAAAACACAGAAUUUGCCAUUCUUAACUUUUUGAUGUGCAACAUGGGUCGAAAAUGACCCAAAUCCAAUGGAAAAUGGAUAUCUCCUGACUGACACUGCGCAUCAAAGGGUGAAGGGUUUAGUUCAGGCAACUGGACUUAUUCUUGUGAUCUUGAAGACGUUUCGCCUCUGACUUCUUCAGUUCUAAAAACUAGUUUGGAGAGUCCCAGCUAUUUAACCAUUAGAGGUGAAGUUGGGGCUAAGGCUGAUGGUAUCUACUGAAAGACUAAAGACAUCUUUCAACAACAGGUGUUGACUCCCAAUGAGAUAUUAAUACGCUAAUAAAGGCGGGGGGGGGGGGGGGGGGGGGGCCUUUGAGAGUCGUUGAUUUAAUGGCCCACUGAGUAGCCUCCUACCCAUGACUGAGAGAUGGUGUCUGAGGGCUCCCGCUCUGUUCAGAGUGGGUCACUCAAGACGAACAUAAAUGGCCUCUUUCACUCCUUUCUCAAACCAUCUGUCCUCUCUGUCUAGAAUAUGUACAUCUGAGUCCUGGAAGGAGUGGCCUUUCUCCUGUAAAUGUAAAUGGACAGCUGAAUCUUGUCCUGAGGUGCUGGUUCUUCUUUAGUCUUUCAGUAGAUACCAUCAGCCUUAGCCCCACCUUCACCUCUAGUGGUUAAAUACCUGGGACUCUCCAAACUAGUUUUUAGAGCUGAAGAAGCCGCUUGGAUGAGAGGCGAAAUGUCUUCAAGAUCACAAGAAUAAGUCCAGUUGCCUGAACUAAACCUUUCACCUUAAGAUGACCUGGAUGACUGAGAACCUUCACAGACAUGCACAUCAAAGGGUUAAAGUAGGGCUACACUUGAAUAUUCAAGGAUUCAGAUCAAUUUUUGCAGGUAUUAAGUUCUCAAUUUUGUGUUUCAGAUAUUUGUUGUCUGUGACUUCUCAAUAAACACAUCUUGGAAAAAAAUAUA